AUGCUAGUGCUAGAAGGGUCAAUUGUUCCAGUUCCGCAAGGGACGCGUAAUUUCAGCGCGCGGUUGGCGUAUGACGAGCGGAGCGACAGUGUUGCGUAUGGGAGUGGUAAGAGUGCGUAUGUCACUGGUGUUGGUGCUGGUGCUGGCGGUAGCGAGGGCGGUGCUGGCGGUAACGACGUUGUGCAGUUCACGGGCCAUGGUGCCAAUGUGAGUGUGGUGCGGUUUGCGCCGGUUGGUGCGUACAUGUGUUCUGGUGACGAGUCCGGGAAGGUAAUCGUGUGGUCGUGGAACCGGGACGGCGAUGGAGGAGUUGAGUGUGUGGUGAAGGCGGAGUUCCAGGUGCUGGCUGGGCCAGUUACGGAUAUCUCGUGGGACUUUGAAGGGAAGCGUUUGUGUGUGGUUGGCGAGGGCCGGGACAAGUUCGGUGUGUUCAUCUCGUGGGACACCGGGAACUCGCUGGGCGAAGUCACGGCGCACUCCUCCCGUGUGAACGCUGUGCACAUCAAGCAGUCCCGCCCCAUGCGCUGCAUCACUGUCGGGGACGACGGUACCGUGGUGUUCUACCAGGGCCCGCCAUUCAAGUUUGUGUCCUCCGACAGGACGCACCACGACAAGGGUAAGUUUGUCAGGGACGUGGAGUUCUCAAAGGGCGCUGGCGAGUUCGCGGUCACUGUGGGCUCCGACAGGAAGAUCGCCUGCUUCGACGGCAAGUCCGGCGAGUUUGUCAAGUACAUCGAGGACGCCGACGAGCCCAUCACCGGUGGCCUGUUUGCCGUCUCGUGGCUCGACGAGACCAGGUUCGUCACCGCCAGUGCCGACCAGAAGGUCAGGGUCUGGGACGUCAGGGAGUCCAAGUGCCUACACUCGUGGACCAUCGGCGAGCCCAACACCCUGCAGCAGCAACAGAUCGGUGUCGUCGCGGCAAAGGACGACCAGAUCAUCAGUUUGUCCCUGGAUGGUACCUUGAACUUCCUGAAGAUAGGCGAGGACAAGCCAGUCAGGACCAUGCAUGGCCACAACAAGAGCAUCACAGCUUUGGCCGUGAACCCCUUGGUCACGGGGUCCUAUGACGGCAGAAUCAUGCAAUGGGUCCCAGAAAAGAUAUGCGACUCGAAGAUGCAAACGGGUCACACCAACUUGGUCGUGUCCAUUGGUUCCAAGGAGUCCGGUUACUCUUCUGUGGCCUGGGACGACACAUUGAGAGUCAACAACGAGGUCAAGUACAAGUUCGAGAGCCAGCCUAAGUGCGCCUCCAUGGACCCCGCUGGCAAGAUCGCCGUUGUCACAACCGAGGACAAGCUGCUGGUCCUAGACUCCUCCACCGGUGAGAAACUGGUAGAGACCGCACUCGACGUGCCUGCCUCUGCGGUCCACUUGUCCGGUGACCUGGUCGCCAUCGGCUCGGAGCAAACCAACACCGUGUCUGUCUACAACUCCGGCGACUUGUCGCUGCUGUACAAGCUGCCAGACCCACUGCGUGCCACCCCAUCGUGCAUAUCGAUUGCACCAUCCCACAAGCUGCUCGCAGUGGGUGACGUGAUGGGUAAGAUCAUCCUGUAUGACCUGGAGACCAAGACCGUCAAGACCUCCAGAUGGGCCUUCCACACCAGCAAGAUCAACGCCAUCUCCUGGAGACCAGAGGAAGAGGACCUAGUGGCCACGGGCUCCCUUGACACCCACAUCAUAGUCUACUCCGUGUCCAAGCCAAUGCGCACCGUCAAAGUCCUGAACGCUCACAAGGACGGCGUCAACGCCGUCCAGUGGAAGGACCGCGACCACAUCGUGUCUGCAGGCGCAGACGCCUGCAUCCACACAUGGAAGUUCACCCAGUAG